GCGAAUUCGGGUUAGGGUUUCAAAAGCAAAUAAAAAGAGACCUAACUUCUCACUCUUACUCUGUCCGUCACUCACUGCCUUCGUUUGCCAUUCUCGCUCUCAAGAAUUAGCAUAUAACAUAUACAUAUAGCAAGCAUGGCAGUCACAUUCUACGACCCUAGCUCUGCCUCUGGGUUGAAGAAGCUCGAUGAGUACCUUCUCCCACGCAGUUAUAUCACUGGGUACCAAGCUUCAAAGGAUGAUCUUACCGUGUACGCUGCUUUGCCAAAUGCCCCAUCGGAUGAGUAUGUGAAUGUAUCCAGGUGGUACAAACACAUUGAUGCUUUGUUGAGAAUCUCUGGUGUUUCUGGCGAGGGAUCUGGUGUUACCAUCGAGGGAUCUCUUGUUGCGGAGCCUGUUGCAACUCCUCCUGCUGCUGACACGAAGGCUGCUGCAGCUGAGGAUGACGAUGAUGACGAUGUGGAUUUGUUUGGUGAAGAGACAGAGGAAGAGAAGAAGGCAGCUGAGGAACGGGCAGCUGCAGUGAAGGCAUCUGGAAAGAAGAAAGAGGCUGGGAAAUCAUCUGUUUUGUUGGAUGUGAAACCAUGGGAUGAUGAAACCGACAUGAAGAAGCUUGAAGAAGCAGUGAGAUCUGUUGAGAUGGAAGGGCUGCUUUGGGGUGCAUCCAAACUUGUUCCUGUUGGGUACGGAAUCAAGAAAUUGCAAAUUAUGCUUACCAUUGUGGAUGACCUGGUUUCUGUCGACACUCUUAUUGAGGAACGUCUCACAGUUGAGCCCAUUAAUGAAUAUGUCCAGAGUUGUGACAUUGUGGCCUUCAAUAAAAUUUAAUCUACCAUCGUGGGCUUUUGGAGAUCAUGGCAACGGGAGGCUUUGCAAGAUUUUGAAAUUAUGUUCCAGUGAAACUAUCCUGAAUUGGGAAUUUUUGUUUUUAGAAACAUGCUUGUUUUUAUGUCUGUCUUUGUGAUAUCGGAUUAUUUGGAUAGUAAUCAUUUAGGCUUUAAGCCUUUAAUGUGUGGUGUGUUCUUUUUUAUUCAAAUUCUAGUUGCAAAUGAUCGUGGUUGUUACUUUGA